AUGGUUAAUAUAAGCAUCGUAGCAGGAAUUGUAGCCUUAGCUACUAGUGCGGCUGCUAUUACAGCGACCACUACUUUAUCUCCUUACGAUGAAAGAGUCAACCUUAUUGAAUUGGCUGUUUAUGUUUCUGACAUCAGAGCCCACAUAUUUCAGUACUACUCUUUCCGGAAUCACCAUAAGACUGAAACAUAUCCUUCGGAAAUCGCAGCAGCCGUUUUUGACUACGGUGAUUUCACUACUCGAUUGACCGGUAUUUCGGGUGAUGAAGUAACUAGAAUGAUCACUGGUGUUCCGUGGUACUCUACCAGAUUAAAGCCGGCUAUCUCUUCAGCGCUUUCAAAGGAUGGUAUUUACACGGCUAUCCCAACCUCUACUUCUACAACGACUACAAAAUCUAGUACUUCGACUACUCCUACCACCACUAUCACUUCUACUACUUCUACCACAUCGACUACUCCUACAACCUCUACUACUUCUACCACUCCUACAACUUCUACCACAUCGACUACUCCUACAACCUCUACUACUUCUACCACUCCUACAACUUCUACCACAUCGACUACUCCUACAACCUCUACUACUUCUACCACUCCUACAACUUCUACCACAUCGACUACUCCUACAACCUCUACUACUUCUACCACUCCUACAACUUCUACAACUUCUACCACUCCUACAACUUCUACCACUCCUACAACUUCUACAACCUCCACCACUUCUCAAACUUCCACCAAAUCGACUACUCCUACUACUUCAAGCACAUCGACUACUCCUACAACUUCUACCACUCCUACAACUUCUACAACCUCUACCGCUCCUACAACUUCUACAACUUCUACAACCUCUACCACUUCUACCAUUUCUACCGCUCCCACGACCUCUACAACUUCAAGCACUUUCAGUACUUCUAGUGCCUCUGCAUCCUCUGUCAUUUCUACCACUGCUACAACCUCUACCACUUUUGCCAGUCUUACUACACCUGCCACAUCUACGGCUUCUACUGACCAUACAACCUCUAGUGUCUCAACAACUAACGCAUUCACUACUUCUGCAACUACUACUACUACGAGCGAUACAUAUAUCAGUUCAAGUAGUCCCAGCCAAGUCACUUCAUCCGCUGAGCCUACUACUGUCAGUGAAGUCACCUCUUCUGUUGAACCUACCAGGUCUAGUCAAGUCACUUCAUCCGCUGAACCUACUACUGUCAGUGAAUUCACCUCUUCUGUUGAACCUACCAGGUCUAGUCAAGUCACUUCAUCCGCUGAACCUACUACUGUCAGUGAAUUCACCUCUUCUGUUGAACCUACCAGGUCUAGUCAAGUCACUUCAUCCGCUGAACCUACUACUGUCAGUGAAUUCACCUCUUCUGUUGAACCUACCAGGUCUAGUCAAGUCACUUCAUCCGCUGAACCUACUACUGUCAGUGAAUUCACCUCUUCUGUUGAACCUACCAGGUCUAGUCAAGUCACUUCAUCCGCUGAACCUACUACUGUCAGUGAAUUCACCUCUUCUGUUGAACCUAUCAGGUCUAGUCAAGUCACUUCAUCCGCUGAACCUACUACUGUAAGUGAAGUCACCUCUUCUGUUGAACCUAUCAGGUCUAGUCAAGUGACCACGACAGAACCUGUUUCUUCCUUCGGGUCUACUUUCAGUGAAAUCACCUCUUCUGCUGAACCUCUCUCUUUCAGUAAAGCAACCACUUCCGCAGAAUCUAUCUCCUCUAAUCAAAUCACCAUUUCCAGUGAACUAAUAGUUUCUAGUGUAAUUACUUCCUCUUCUGAGAUUCCUUCUUCCAUUGAAGUACUUACUUCAAGCGGGAUCAGUUCAUCAGUUGAACCCACUUCUUUGGUUGGACCUUCUUCUGAUGAAUCCAUUUCUUCUACUGAAAGUCUAUCUGCCACAUCCACUUUCACUUCAGCCGUUGUUUCCUCGAGCAAGGCUGCUGAUUUCUUUACCAGAUCCACUGUUUCUGCUAAAUCUGAUGUCUCUGGUAACUCCUCUACCCAAUCUACUACCUUUUUUGCUACGCCUUCCACUCCACUUGCUGUUUCUUCAACUGUGGUCACUAGCUCUACCGAUUCAGUUUCUCCUAAUAUUCCCUUCAGUGAAAUCAGUUCCUCUCCAGAGUCGUCUACUGCAAUUACGUCUACAUCCACUAGCUUCAUUGCUGAGCGGACUUCUUCCUUAUAUCUUUCGUCAUCAAAUAUGUCAAGUUUCACUUUAAGUACUUUCACUGUUUCCCAAUCGAUCGUCUCUUCAUUUUCUAUGGAACCUACAUCGUCAGUCGCAUCUUUUGCAUCAAGUUCCCCUCUCUUAGUAUCCUCAAGAAGUAAUUGCAGUGAUGCCAGAAGUUCCAACACCAUCAGUAGCGGUCUGUUCAGCACGAUAGAAAAUGUUCGUAAUGCAACCUCAACAUUUACAAACCUAUCAACAGAUGAAAUUGUCAUCACGAGCUGUAAGAGUAGUUGUACUAAUGAAGAUAGUGUUUUGACGAAAACUCAAGUUUCUACCGUUGAAACUACUAUAACUAGUUGUUCGGGUGGUAUUUGUACCACGCUGAUGUCUCCGGUUACUACUAUUAAUGCUAAGGCGAACACAUUAACAACUACAGAAACUUCCACGGUCGAAACAACUAUAACAACAUGCCCUGGUGGUGUUUGCUCGACCCUGACUGUUCCAGUUACUACAAUCACCAGCGAAGCCACUACCACCGCUACCAUUAGUUGCGAAGAUAAUGAAGAAGAUAUCACUUCUACUGAAACCGAGUUGCUAACUUUGGAAACUACUAUAACUAGUUGUUCGGGUGGUAUUUGUACCACGCUGAUGUCUCCGGUUACUACUAUUAAUGCUAAGGCGAACACAUUAACAACUACAGAAACUUCCACGGUCGAAACAACUAUAACAACAUGCUCUGGUGGUGUUUGCUCGACCCUGACUGUUCCAGUUACUACAAUCACCAGCGAAGCAACUACCACCGCUACCAUUAGUUGCGAAGAUAAUGAAGAAGAUGUCGCCUCUACUAAAACCGAGUUGCUAACUAUGGAAACUACUAUUACUAGUUGUUCGGGUGGUAUUUGCACCACGCUGAUGUCUCCGGUUAGUAGUUUCAACUCCAAAGCCACUACAUCGAACAAUGCAGAGUCGACCAUCCCCAAAGCGAUUAAAGUCAGUUGCUCUGCGGGUGCCUGUACCACCCUGACUACUGUCGAUGCAGGGAUUAGCAUGUUUACCAGAACCGGAUUGUCUAUCACUCAAACUACUGUGACCAACUGCUCAGGUGGAACCUGUACCAUGUUAACUGCACCAAUCGCGACCGCUACCAGCAAAGUCAUCUCACCAAUUCCAAAAGCCUCCUCGGCUACUUCCAUUGCUCAUUCAUCUGCUUCUUAUACUGUCAGUAUCAAUACCAACGGUGCCUAUAAUUUCGAUAAAGAUAACAUUUUUGGUACCGCUAUCGUUGCUGUUGUCGCUUUAUUACUGCUAUAG